AUGCUGAAGACGUACAUCCCGCCAUCAUGCCCGAUGCACAUGUUUGUGAGGCAUUACAUGAAGAUAAAAUUUGACAGAGAUUCAGCCGAGUGUGCUGAGGAGAAGAAGACACGUCUCGCAUGUCCUCUGCUUCAUUUUAAUAGGGCGUUCGAAAGGCAUGCGAGCAGAAUCUAUACAAGGGCAAUGUUUGAGAAGUUUGGGGACAUCCUAUAUGAGGCAGGGUACUAUGGAGUGGAGGUGGAAGAGAAUGGUAAGUUGUAUAUUGCAAAAAAUAUACAAGCUGGAAAAAGAGAGCAUUGGAGCAGAGUGCGGUUCAAAAUAAUUGUGACGAAAAACAGGAAAGAAUUCGAUUGUGAGUGUGGACAGUUUCAGCACAUGGAAAAAGAGAGCAGUGGACCAGUGUAG